UGUAUCCUAUUUUUUCGUAACUUUAUCUCCCUCUAUCUAACAGAAAGAAUUUUGCUGCUUUCUCUGUCAGUUUUUCAUGGCAUCUCUGCCUUGUGUAACUAGGAAUCUCAAGCUUGAGCAUGAAUUCAGAAAAUCAUCUACAUACAAUUCCAUUUCCACUGAUAAUAAGACUACAAGUAUCUCCUACCAGAGAAAUUUUACAUCAAAAGCAAAUUUGGAACCAAAAAGUUUGGAUUUCAGAGAAGCGAUUUCGAUAUUGAAAGAGGGUAGUAGGGAUGUGGAGUCAGGAUUUUAUGUUCCUGUUCUGCAGGAAUGUAUUGACAGGAAUUCAGUCUCAGAUGCUCAGAUUAUUCAUACCCACAUUGUAAAAACUGGAGCUCAUACUGACUUGUUCGUUAUGUCUUUCUUACUCAAUGUUUACGCAAAAUGUGGGUCGAUGGAGUAUGCAGUUAACGUAUUUGAGAACUUGCCGAGGAGGAAUAUUGUUAAUUGGACUGCUUUGAUGACGGGGUAUGUUCAGAAUUCGCAGCCAGAACUUGCAAUUCAGGUAUUUCUUGAAUUACUGGAAGCUGGGGUUUAUCCUACCAACUACACUUUGGGUGCUGUCAUAAAUGCGUGUUCGUCGUUGUUCUCUAUCAAAUUUGGUAGGCAGAUCCAUGGCUACAUUAUUAAGUACCAGAUUGAAUCGGAUACAAGUAUGGGCAAUGCCCUUUGUAGCUUAUAUUCCAAAUGUGGCAGCUUUGAGUGUGCAGUUAAAUCCUUUCGGAGAAUCCCAGAGAAGAACGUCAUCUCCUGGACUACUGUUUUAUCUGCUUGUGGUGAUAAUGGGCAACCUGAGAAGGGGUUGAAUUUUUUUGCUGAGAUGCUUAUGGAAGAUGGUGAACCAAAUGAGUUUACCUUGACUAGUGUAUUGAGUUUGUGCUGCUUAAUGCAUGCUUUGGGUUUUGGGGAGCAGGUUCAUUCCUACAGUAUCAAGCUUGGUUACGACGCUAGUGUGUCUAUUAAGAAUUCUAUCAUGUAUCUGUAUCUGAGAUCUGGACGGGUUGACGAAGCAAGGAGAUUGUUUGAUGCAAUGGGAACCAUAUCUUUGGUAACAUGGAAUGCGAUUAUAGCAGGCUAUAGUCAGAUUAUGGGUUCUGAAAAGGAUUAUCUGAAGGCUCAUCAUAGUGGUGCUGAGGCGCUUCAAAUCUAUCUCAAAUUGCACAGGUCAAGAAUGAAGCCAGAUCUAUUUACCUUCUCCAGUAUCCUGACUGUUUGUAGUGGCUUGGUGGCAUUAGAUCAAGGAGAACAAAUACAUGCACAGACAAUAAAAAGUGGGUUCUUAUCAGACGUUGUUGUUGGGAGCGCAUUGGUUAACAUGUAUUACAAAUGUGGAAGUGCUGAAAAAGCAACUAAAGCUUUUGUGGAGAUGCCUACAAGAACAUUGAUAUCUUGGAGUUCCAUGAUCACAGGUUUUGCCCAGCAUGGUCGAUGUGUUGAAGCAUUGCAGCUUUUCGAGGAUAUGAUUAUAACGGGCGUCAAACCUAACAAAGUUACUUUCAUUGGUGUUCUCUCGGCUUGUAGCCAUGCUGGCAUGGUUGAUGAAGCGCUGAAUUACUUUGAAAUGAUGAAGAAAAAGUAUAAGAUAAAACCUGUGGUGGACCAUUAUGCAUGCUUAAUUGAUAUGUAUGUGAGGUUGGGAAAGUUGCAGGAGGCUUUUGAUUUUAUAGAGAAAAUGGAUUUUGAACCUAAUGAGUUCAUUUGGUCAAUGUUGAUUGCUGGAUGUAGAAGCCAUGGGAAUAUGGAGUUAGGAUUUUACGCAGCUGAGCGGCUACUUCAACUUAAACCGAAAGAUUGUGAAACUUAUGCAUUAUUGUUGAGCAUGUAUAUCUCAGCUGGGAAAUGGAAAGACGUAACGAAGGUGAGGAAAAUGAUGAAGGAUAAAAAACUUGGAAGUUUGCAGGAUUGGAGUUCAAUUAGCAUUAAAGAUAAGGUUUAUUCCUUUAAACCUGAUGAUAAAUCGCAUAAUCGAAGUGUAGAGAUGUACAGAUUAUUGGAGGACCUCGUUGAAAGAGCAAAGAGUCUUGGUUAUGUGUCAGAGAGAAGCUUAGACGUCGUCGAUGAGGAUGAUAAUGAUGAUGGAAAUCUUUCGUCUACUAUCCAUCAUAGUGAAAAAUUAGCAGUUGCUUUCGGCUUGUUAAGCACUUGUCAAGGUUCAUCUAUACGGGUAAUCAAGAGUAUUAGUAUGUACAGAGAUUCCCAUUCCUUAAUCAAGUAUAUAUCUGCAAUGACUGGAAGGGAAAUUAUUCUUCGGGAUAGCAAGCGACUCCACCAGUUCAAUGAUGGCCAAUGUUCUUGUGGAGAUUUUGGUAGUCUUCUUUGAAUCUGGUGAUGCAUUAAACCUUUUCUAACUAUCAAUGGUGAAUUGCAAUAGACCGGAUGAUGUUUCCUUUCAUUUUUCAGAGUACGUUGUGUUUACAACCUUAGUGAAGUUUUGGUAGAUCAAAUUCUCAUUCUAGUUUUCCUGAGGCUAGUUUUCCUUCCCACUCCGGGAUAUUCAACUGUAGAGGAACUUGUAUGUAAUUCUUUGUACUACAUGUUUUAUGUAUCAAAGGAAUAAAAUUGUUUAAUGAAUAUAUCAGUGGUAUCGUUCAGGGGUAUCCUUAUUGUGCUUUGGA